AAAAGGAUAUUUUUGAAGGAGAUUACCUGAGAAUCUGGUGCUAUUACAUUCGAAAAUAUCUGCUUCAAUUAUUCUAUAAACUCACAUAUCAUCACUGUCAAUUUUGUAAUCUUUGCGUCUUAUUAGGAAUGUUUAUAACUGCAAUAAGAUCACGUGAUCAAGAAAUACUAUUUUAGGCUUGUUCUUUAACUCUUGUUUCCAAAGAAGUACACCCAAAAAGGAAAUUAUUUAAACUAAGUAGUUUUGAUCACUAAUCAAAAAAGGAAUGCUUUUUAUUCUUUAGAUUAUGUGGGUUAUUUAUACGCUCUCUAGUUAUUUGUACUAUAUCCUUUUUGGUCCUUUUCUUCGUUCUUUGCUUCGUUUUAUGUUAGGUGAGAACCUUCUUCUUUUAUUUGCGUUUGCUUCUUUUCGGAAUUUCAUUUCUAGUUCUAGCGGCAAUUCUUGCAUGAGUUGUGUAUUACUUGCAAUGUGCUUCGUAAUUAAUCUCGGCUCGACAUUAAUGUCAUGUGUGCAUGUUUGUUUUAUGUCGCUUCUUUGUUCUCUUUCGCAAUUUUUCUGGUGAUUUUAUUAUGCUAACAAAUCUUCAAAUUGGAAUGGUACAUGUCUCUGAUGUUCCUUGUUUGUCCUACUUCUUCCGUAUUUUGUUUCAUGAUACACCAAAC